AUUUAGUUUGUGCUUAGUGGGGAGGUGGCUGGGUAAGAAAAGGAAUGAAGGGUCAGUGGCUUCUUCUCAUGGUUGUAAUGACGCUGAGAACACGGCUUUGUAAUUUGAGGCGCUGGCACAUGAGAGGUAUGAGAUGGUGAGCAGGGUGCUUGGCCAGGAAUUAAUCUGACAGGCAGGAAGGAGCAAAACAUGACUGAGAGUUUGGAGUUAAGUGUCUAACAUUUUUGCAGGCUGCAGAUACCUUGGCUGUGAGACAGAAGCGACGGAUCUAUGAUAUCACAAACGUCCUGGAAGGCAUCGGGUUGAUCGAGAAGAAAUCCAAGAACAGUAUCCAGUGGAAAGGGGUGGGUCCUGGCUGCAACACACGUGAAAUAGCACACAAACUUAUCGAGCUGAAGGCAGACAUAGAGGACCUGGAGCAGCGGGAACAGGAGCUGGAGCAGCAGAAGAUGUGGGUUCAGCAGAGCAUCAAAAAUGUUACAGAAGAUGUGCAGAACAGUCGAUUAGCGUAUGUGACACAUGAAGAUAUCUGCAAGUGCUUCACAGGAGACACCCUCCUUGCAAUUCGAGCCCCAUCAGGCACACGUUUGGAGGUUCCCAUCCCCGAGGGCCUAAAUGGGCAGAAGAAAUACCAGAUCCAUCUGAAGAGCACAAGUGGUCCUAUUGAUGUUCUCUUAGUAAACAAAGAUGCUUGGAGCUCUCCUCCUGUUGUACUACCUGUCCCUCCCCCUGAAGACCUUAUUCAGUGCCAGGCAGUUGCACCCUCAAAACCUCAGAUACCACCGCUCACCCACUUCCAGGAGGCAUCUGUUCCCAGCAGCACCCAGCCCUCUACACCGACACCCACCAGCACUCAGGACCACAGCCCUCCCGCGCAGAAAGCCACAGGCACGGAAUGUGGUGUCUCGGCAGCAGAAUCCAAGAGCAGCGGCAACUUCGAGCCCCUGGGCAGUGCCGGGUUGGAUACGCAGCCGCUGCAGUCCUCUGCCUCACUGGACAGCGGCUCCGUCCUACCCAGCCCCUCUACCUCCUUUGAGCCCAUCAAACCUGACCCCACAGGAAUACUGGAACUUCCCAAAGAGCUGUCAGAGAUGUUUGAUCCAACGAGAGAAUGUAUGAACUCUGAGCUGCUGGAAGAGCUGAUGUCAUCUGAAGUGUUUGCUCCCUUGCUCCGCCUCUCCCCUCCACCUGGAGAUCAUGACUACAUCUACAACCUGGAUGAGAGUGAAGGUGUCUGUGACCUCUUUGACGUGCCUGUCCUCAACCUCUGACUUCUCAGCACAGCUGUGAGCCUCGCAAACACAGACAGUUUUGUAACUCUUUGCAAAGUGUCUAUUUUUGGAUUCCUUUUGUGCUAGAGCUCGAUGAGUGAGCGAUUCAGAGAUGCCCUCAUAUGGACUCAGAACCAAGAGAUGUGGACUUGCAGGCUGGGAGCCUCCCCGCAGCUUCUUCCUCUUCCUCUGUUGCACGUGCAAGGUGCGUGUGCAACUCACCCCACCGCAUCUCUCUCGCCACUAGAUCCUGGGCCUCACUUCAAAGGGUCUGUGUUUUGAGUGUUCCCAGUUCACCCGUAGAGUUUGUCCAUGUGCCUCUCCGAGCUUCCUCAAAUCUGCAUGCCUUGGUUUUUCCUGCACUCCCAGAGGCACUUUGCACCUCCUAGGUACCAGCUGCUACAAGGAGCCCUGAUAUCGUGGUCAGUUCACAAGCCCGGAGGUAGUUAGAUUUCUCAAUGUGAGCAGUUCAGACUGGGGUGGUUUUAUUUCUGAGUGAAAACGAGGAAAAAAAAAAAUGGCACCAAAGUGUCCAUUUCUUCCAGUGACUUCAGACCAAGCUAGUAUGUUUUACAAGAAAAAGCACUUUUUUUAGCCAGCUGUGCCUCCUAGUAGGACCCAGGGGCUGAGCCUUUCCCUGCUCAUGCAGCAGCAGGAGUGCUGGUUCUGUGUUUGCCAGCCUGCUGAUGCAUGAGCCCAGGGGCUCAGCUCCCUGUACUUGCAGCUGGGCUGUUUCUACAGGGCUAAAGAAGAGGUGCCAGUAUGGUUUUUUAAUUUUUAUUUGUUUUUGCCUGAGUGAAGAGAUGUUCAAAAGGAUAAGACUGCUCCAGCUGGUGCCUGUAAGGUACUCCAGGCGCAUCAGAGCCUGCUCAUGUUUGCAAGUAGCUGUCUUCUCCAAUCAUUGCACUUGAGCCUUCAGCUGUCUAAAAGGCAACCAAGCAGUAACAAUUCAGUAGUGCUUUGCUGUGGUAAGUUACAUAGGUGUUGUCAAAAUAGUGCUUCCCCCCUGCCCUUCCCCUUUUUCCCUCAGCAUCUGCUCAGGAUCAGGCUUUCUGUAUAUUUGAAUUUGCUCCCCUAGUGUCCAUACCCACACUCCCUGAUCCUGUGGCAGGUCACCACUUAGCAUGAUGCUUUCUCUGCAUCAUUUUUCCGCAAGAUUUUCUCCAUACCUUCUUCCACUGUAAUGGAAGGUCUGCUGUUGGAUUAUGAUGAUCAGGUGAUACCAGUCUUGGACGCUGUGCAGUUUAGUUGGAGUAAAACACGCUGAUGGAUUUGUGUUGUAUUUUACAAGCCCCAACUUUGAGUUUUGGUCAGAUGGUGUAUUUUGAGCGUCCUCAGUUUUGCACAUCUUCCUGCUGACACGGUGGUAGCAGCUGUCCUGCCUCUCCUGCUCAGCAAACUGCUGAGGAGAGGGCCAGGCCAGGAGCAUGGCUGGCUAUUGCAGAGAGGUAGCUCGAAGCCAUCCACAUAACCAGCUGAUGUUUAAGUUCUCUGCUUAGCUGCUCACCACCUGUGAACCACACAACCAGCUGGAGCACCAGGAAUAAGGGAUGUGAAGUCGUCGAUUCUUCGAGCCCACAGAGGGGAGAAGAGUAUAUGCCUGGGACCUGUGUCCUCAAGGUGGCUCCUCGGGCCAUCCUGUUCUGCGUGGGUCUCCCCCAGAAGAGCUGUCCCUCUCUGCAGCCCUGAAGCACUGGCGUCCUCUUUGGGAAAAGCCUCAAGAAUUCGGGAGGAACAACGGGACGCUCUCUAGUUUGGCAGCAGGCAGACAGCCGUGGCGUGGGACCCUGCCAGGGGGUGGACCUCCAGCCCGAAUGCAGCCAGACCCCAAACCUUCCCCCCUUCGCAUGGAAGCUGAAAUCCCUGGGCCCCGCACGCGUGUUAGCUAGGCUCUGUGGCUUUGGUGUAGUUUGAGCUCUCCGUGUACUGCCUGGCCCUCGCCCUCCCACGUGUUCAUGUUCGCCAGCAGAUAGACGACCUUGGGAAAAGGAAUAAUUUACAGUUGCAAAUGAACUUUUGAUUCAUAUAUAAAGAUUAUUUUUAUACUUUUUUGCAAGAAAAGAAGAUUGCCUGUAAUAUUUGUACAGUGUUCUCUGACAUGAAUAAACAA